AUGGUGAGAAGCCCUGGUUGUGACAAAACUGGAUUGAGAAAAGGGACAUGGACACCGGAAGAAGACAAGAAGUUAAUUGCUUAUGUAACUAGAUAUGGAUGUUGGAAUUGGCAACAACUACCUAAAUUUGCAGGUCUUGAAAGGUGUGGGAAGAGUUGUAGGUUAAGGUGGUUGAACUAUCUAAGACCAGAUAUCAAAAGAGGAAAUUUUACUCAACAAGAAGAAGAUACUAUCAUCAAACUUCAUCAAAAACUUGGUAAUAGAUGGAUUAGGAUAGCUGCAAAUUUACCAGGAAGAACAGAUAAUGAGAUAAAGAAUCAUUGGCACACUGUCUUAAAAAAGCGUUUUACAAAGAAUAAUAAAUCAGAAUCAGACACUAAAAAUGAAACAAGAAACUGGAAAGAUACAAAUUCAGAUAACCCUACCAUGGAAGAGCAAAACAAACGUGGUCCCAAUAUUACAACUGCAUUGUCUUCAAUCCCAUCUUCAAGUGAAACAAUAGACACUCCAACAACUAGGGAGAUAUCAUAUGAAAAAUAUCUUUUUGAUGAGCUUCCUUUAAUGGAUGAAUACAUGGAUGUUUUAAAUGAUAAUUUCUGGACAGAACCAUAUAUUAUAGACAAUUCUUAUGUCCCUCCAAAUCAAGAAGAUACAUUACUACCUGUCUGGUGUGAACAUGAAUACUUCAGCUUUGGAGCCAUGGAGAAUAAAUUGUUGCAGUAA